AAAGCUUAAAUAAAGAUACCUCAACAAACAAAUCUCUUUGUGUCAAUCAAACUUUUUAUUCUUAUUCCUACUCUUUCUUCUUUAAUUAUGUCUGAAGAAUUCAAAGAUCUUUACUACCACCAACCAUUUCACGACGAUGAUCGGAACGGUGAGAAUUCUUCUACAUAUACUCAGAAUCUGCAAAUGUUUGAUCCUUCUUCAUAUAUGAGCUUUGGGGAGUUUUUCCAUGGAUCCAAUAGCCAUGACACACUUACAAGAGCCUUUGGUUUGACCCCGUCAACCUCUGAGGUACCAGCAGGGGUGGAUGGUGGAGGCGGAGGUGGAGAUCUUGUGGGUGGUAGUGAAACUCCGGCUACACCUAAUUCUUCGAUCUCGUCAUCCUCAACCGAGGCGGCUGGUGAUGAAGAUUCAAACAAGAGCAAGAAAGAGAAGGAGAGUGUCGAAGGAGAAAACAGCUCUAAGAAAGAGGCUAAAGCAAAGAAGAAAGGAGAGAAGAAGAAACAACGGGAGCCUCGAUUUGCUUUCAAGACAAAGAGUGAGGUUGAUCAAUUAGAAGAUGGAUAUAGAUGGAGAAAAUAUGGGCAAAAAGCUGUGAAGAACAGUCCUUAUCCAAGAAGCUACUAUAGAUGCACAACUCAAAAAUGCCUGGUGAAGAAGCGCGUAGAGAGAUCAUAUCAAGAUCCUUCAAUCGUUAUCACUACAUACGAAGGUCAACACAACCACCUCGUACCAACAACUCUCAGAGGAAACGUUGCAGGAAUGUUUCCUUCUUCUAUGCUAACACCACCAAUGCCACUUCAAGGGACAAGUUUUCCUGCAAACUUGUUACAGCUUCAUCAAAUGACCAACGAUCAUCUCUACAAUUAUGGCAGUGUAAAUAAUGUCUAUGGUCAGCAAAAUUUAACUACACUGGAGCAGCCUCAAACUCAAUUUCCUGAAUAUGGGCUUUUGCAAGAUAUGAUUCCCUCUUUUUUCCCUAAACAGGAACCUUGAGAUAAAAUUUCAGGAUUCUAACGCGGUCUCGAAGAAUUAUCCACACAUUUCGUAGGUAUUUAAGCGUAUAUGUCUUUUGUUCUUUGUUUUAGUCUUUAUAUUGUUACUGAAUGGGUGCUGAUUUGCUUUCUUUUUGUGAGAUAUAUAGCUAUAUAGCAGUAUCUCAUUCUUCAACUCUCCUGUAACAUUUAUGUUGUAGUACUAUUAAUUUAUGCUUUUAUUUUCAUAGUU